AUGCAAAUUGCGGAUCACGCGGCAUACCUGGAGGAGGUGUCGGUGACGGCCUGCCCCAAGCUGCUGCCGGCGCUCAUCAAGGCGCUGGAGGCGCAGGGCCACCCCAUCCUGUCGCCCUCAGACCGCGCCGGCCUGCACCCGCUGCUCAUACCCCUGGCGUCAUGCCCCCCGCCCCCUGGCGGCCCCGACGCGGCGGCGCCGGCCGGCAGCGAGUCUGUGGUGCUGGGGCUGCUGCGGUGGGCCGACCCCGGGCGCCACAAGGGCAUGGCGCUGCCGCUGGUGUCGAUGAGCCGCGGGGCGCGGGGCGUGAGGCUGGUGGCGCGCAGCGUGGACGAAUACCUGCACAGGCUCCUGGCGGAGGAGGACGCCGCGGCCGGCAGCGGCGGCCCAACCCCGCUGGCCGACGCCGCGAGCGCCUCCGACGCGGCGGGCGUGGCUGAGCUGUACUCGCGGGGCGCUGUGGAGCGGCUGGGGCUGGGCGGCGCCAAGUUCAACCUCUACCUCAUCAAGAAGGUGGGCAUGUUUCCUGACGUGGCGGAGGCGCUGUCCCUCGGCCACCUGGCGCGCGGCGACGCCACCAGCGCCAUGGUGGCGGGGGAGUGGUGA